AGUAACUGAAACUUAAAAUAAUUUUGUCUUUUAAAAUAAGUUGAGAUGGCAAGUAGCAGAUGCUAAUUUUACCAGAUUCAUGUUAAUUUUUUAAAAUAAUCACUGGAGAAAUUGUUAUACAUCUUUAUUUACAGGAUUUUUACCUCCUAUAACUCCGCCAGAAAAGUUUUUUCUUUCCCAGCUAAUGCUGGCACCCCCAAGGGAACUCUUCAAAAAGACACCCCGGCAGAUCGCACUGAUGGAUGUUGGGAACAUGGGCCAGUCUGUGGACAUUAGCGGGCUUCAGCUAGCCUUGGCUGAACGCCAGUCUGAAUUGCCAACCCAAAGUAAGGCUAGCUUCCCCAGUAUUCUCAGUGACCCAGACCCGGACUCUUCUAAUUCUGGAUUUGACAGCUCCGUGGCCUCUCAGAUCACAGAAGCUUUAGUCAGUGGACCGAAGCCGCCUAUUGAAAGCCAUUUUCGGCCAGAGUUUAUUCGUCCACCACCUCCACUCCACAUCUGUGAGGACGAGCUGGCCUGGCUGAACCCAACAGAGCCUGACCAUUCCAUUCAGUGGGAUAAAUCCAUGUGCGUUAAGAAUAGCACAGGUGUAGAGAUCAAGCGAAUAAUGGCCAAAGCCUUCAAAAGCCCCUUAUCUUCUCCUCAACAAACACAGCUCCUUGGUGAGUUGGAAAAAGACCCCAAACUUGUUUAUCAUAUUGGCCUCACGCCAGCCAAGCUUCCUGACCUGGUGGAGAACAACCCUCUCGUCGCUAUAGAGAUGCUGCUGAAGCUGAUGCAGUCUAGCCAGAUCACCGAGUACUUUUCAGUCCUGGUCAAUAUGGAUAUGUCUUUACAUUCCAUGGAAGUGGUGAACCGACUGACUACAGCUGUUGACCUACCUCCUGAGUUCAUCCACCUUUACAUAUCAAAUUGCAUCUCUACUUGUGAACAGAUUAAGGAUAAAUAUAUGCAGAAUCGUUUGGUGCGUCUGGUGUGUGUCUUUCUUCAAUCCUUGAUCCGUAACAAAAUCAUCAACGUGCAGGACUUGUUUAUAGAAGUGCAGGCGUUCUGCAUUGAGUUCAGUAGGAUCCGAGAAGCUGCCGGCCUUUUCCGGUUGUUGAAGACAUUGGACACUGGGGACACGCCUUCUGAGACCAAAAUGUCAAAGUAGUACCUCAUCAGCACCACCUGUUCAGCUGUGCUGUGAUCUGUUUUAACUGUUAUAACCCUGAGUGGAUUUUUUGUUGUAAUAUUAUAAACAACACUUCAGCUACUUAAAGCAGUUUAACUUUCCUGGGUGACUUUUUCCUUCAGAAGAAUUUUUGGUAAGAACUUGAAAAAUGUCUUUAGGUGUCUUACAGAAGGAAUGGUUAUCCAAAGAAAGAUUAUUGCAAAAAAGUAGGUGAGGUUCUUAGCACUAAAAAGCAAGGUGUUUUUGUUAAAAUAAAUUGCAGGCUUCUGAUUAAGAAUCCAGCUUUCCUAAAGUUCCGAUGUUAAAUGUAUUUAAUGAGAGAAAAUGAUGACUAAGACUUUGCUAUACUGACCUUUAGGUGAAAUCAGUUGAAUGUUUUUGGGUCCAAGUGGCAAAUAGGUUGAUCCUUGAACCCAUUACGCAGGUAACUUCUCAUUAAGCAGAGUUUUUAUCAAGGACAUACUUGUAGCUUUAUCCUUUCUUGUUUGAGGACUUAACAGAUAUAACAAAAAUAAAUUCAUUUCCUGGGCCUCUUAUAAACACGGGAAGUCUUAGAAACCUUGAUCAGGGUUUUAACAGCUAGUAUAGUUUUCUGUUUUGUUUUUUUUUCUCAAGAUGUUAUUUAGUUAUGAGUCUAGCUAGGAUAGUAAUUUUUGAGGAGAAACAUCGUCUGUACUUUGGGGAGGAAUCUCCAUGUAAAAUAAACUGCUUGCUCUGCUGGGGGUGCAGGUGCCGACUGAGAAGCAGGAGGGCAUCGUGUGGGCUCAGGACAACAGUGCCUUACAUUAAAGUUGUUUUUUAUAAACUCUA